AUGACUGGGCUGAUGAAGAUGGAGGAGUGGAAGAGAGACGAUGUCAUGCAGCGUGGCGGCUAUCACAAGAUCAUCAAGAGCUGUGAGCAGGCCAAGAAGGACGGCUACGGGUGGUCGUGGAUCGAUACCUCUGUUACAGUUGCAUCGACAAGCAGAGCAUAUCAAAACGCACAGAUCUGCUAUGCGUACCUCCGUGACGCUGACGAGUUACCACGGCCCACUGAACCAUACGAUCCAUACGGCGACUUACUCUGCAAGCCCGACAGUCGGCUGCGCCCAGAAUGGUUUAUGCGGGGCUGGACACUACAGGAACUUAUCGCACCGAAGCAACUCAAAUUCUUCAACAAGGACUGGGUGCCCAUUGGCAACAAACGACAACUGGCACCUGUUGGAAGACAUCAACGGAGUUCCAUGUGA